GCCCAGGUGCUAGGUCUGUCUCCUGGUGGGGGUAGGAUCUAGAGUCCCCAGUCUGGCUCGCGCGCGAGGCCAGCGACAACUGUCCCAGCUGUCAGGGCUUCAGACGACCUCCCGCAUGUCCUGGGAGAGGGGACGUCGUGUGCACGGGCACCCACCUCCCGCAGCGCUUGGUUCCCCCUUUCCUAGCAGAAGAGCCAACCUGGGGAAAAGGCAGAAGGAGGGUCUUGCUCUCCCCUCCCCACCGAGACUGUGGCUUCUGCGGUACUCACCCCGUGAGCCACCCCCUGGCACAGACCACAGGUGUGGACAGGCCAGAUCCACCUGUAUGAUCCCAACAAAAAGCUCUGUCUGAACAAUACUUACACCUCAGCUCCUGUUAGGUGCACAGCGCAAGUCAAUAAAGACAACUCGAGACGCAUGCCUUCUGGAGAUCCUACCAGCUCAUUCCCAGCAGAGAGCAGGGCCAAAGAAGGGCAUACUGUUACACAGCAGCUUGUAAUGGCGACCUCUGGAGAAGGCAGUAACCCCAGUGGCAGAGCAAUACCCUGGCCCCUGGCACAGCUGUGGGAGCUUGAGCCGAGGGUGGCCCGCCGACGCCUGUCCCAGGCCCGCCACCGAGCCACCCUGGUGGGGCUGUUCGGCAACCUCCGGAAAAUGGUCUACUCCCAGUCUGAUCUCACAGCCUCAAAGUGGCAGGUUUUGAAUAAGGCGAAGAAUCAUAUUCAGGAGCUGGAGCAAACCUUGGACAAUCUUCUGAAGAUGAAAGAAUCCUUCAAGCUGGAGGACGGGAAUGCAAACAGCUUAGAGGAGGUCAAGGCAGAAUAUGCCAGCAUGUACUCUGGAAAUCACAGCCUGGUCUCAAAUAAGUUUUGUCAUAAUGGCUCUGCCAACUGGUGCCCAAUUGAGGCAGUUGGGAAGGAUGCUGAGGGGGAGGAAGAGGAGGAAGAAGAGGGGGAAGACCAAGAAGAGGAGGAAGAGGAGGAAGAGGAAGAAGAGGAAGAGGAAGAAGAGAAGAAAGUGGAGCCCUUACACUCCCCAGUCACCUUGUUGCCAGACCUCAUGGAAUUUGAACGGUAUCUCAACUUUUACAAACAGAUGAUGGACCUUCUGAUCGGGAAUGGGAUUGUCUCCUCACAGGAGGUGACACUCCCCAUCGUCUCUGCAGCCAUCUCCCACCUGUGGCAGAACCUCUCUGAGGAGAGGAAGACCAGUCUCCUGCAGGCCUGGGCACAGAGGAACAGUGGCCUCCUGGGCCUUGCUGGUACCUAUCAGGAGGCAGGCUGUGCCGAGGGCAGCAUGAAGGACAGUGGGGUUGACAGCCAAGGAGCCAGCUGCUCACUCGUCUCUACCCCAGAGGAGAUACUCUUUGAAGAUGCCUUCGAUGUGGCAAGUUUCCUGGACAAAAGUGAGGCUCCAAGUACUUCUAGCUCUAGUUCAGCAUUUGCCGGCAGCAACCCAGAAAAUCCAGAGGAGAAGUUUCAGCUCUACAUGCAGAUCGUCGAUUUUUUUAAAGGCCUUUGCUGCGUUAACACUCAGUUAAAACAGGUAGGACCGAGCAGAGCGAUGGGAGGCCUCCGCUCACCUCCCGCAGGAUGCCAGAAAGGACUCUCGAGACGAGAGUCAGGCUGAUGCACCCUGGGGAAUAGAAGAUGUCCAGGGAAGCUGAGGGACGAGACUGACGGAUGUUCCCCGGGCAGGCCUGAGAUGGGGACCUGGCUCUUGGCAGGCAUUUGUAAAUUUUGUGUGACUGGGUGACAGCUUUUGGAGGGGCUGAGCUGUUCUGUCAUCUUCUGAGCCCCUGUGCUAAUGUUUGCUGUCAGCUUUUGAAGGGCAUUAAUUUCCGCUUCCCAAAAGCUGACUGUGUCUUCAUUAGAAGGUACGUUCCAGAAAUUUUCAUGCGGGGAGGGGAGUGAGGCGUGAGGCACCAAGGGCACAGGCCGCUUCAGAUUCAUAACCGAGGAAUUUCUCUCCGAAUUUAGCAAAGACACAACUGUUAAUUUAAAAAGGUAAGCAACAGGGGCGUCUGGGUGGCUCAGUCAGUUAAGCGUCCGACUUCGACUCAAGUCAUGAUCUCACAGUGCGUGGGUUCAAGCCCUGCGUCA